CUCUGAUCUAAACAUUAGAAGUCCAUAAAGACACCUCAAGAUUUCAUCGCGAGACGCAAUCAGGAAGGCAACACAUUGUUGACAGGGUGAGAUUGUAAGUGAGAAUUUUGUUAAUUUACUUAAAAAUUGAAACUUGCGGCAUGGGUAGCAAUAUCCAUGAAUUGCCAAAUGAAGUUCUUCUGCACAUCCUAUCAUUACUUCCUACUAAAGAUGCAGUUCGCACCUCUGUACUUUCAACAAGGUGGAGGUAUCUCUAUGCUUCAAUUUCUCAGUUUGACAUUGAUUUUUGGGGAUUUAAGACCGCGGAUAGGGUUGGUGUCAUGAACUUUGUGGAUAGAAUGUUCCAUUACCGUGACAGAUCACCAAUGGAUAAAUUUCGUCUCUGCUACUUGGACGCUAUUGACCCUUUGCGCCUUGAAGGAUGGAUACUUGCUGCAAUGCAGCGUGGGGUUCGAGAACUAGAUUUAUACAAUUAUGGGUUGUGUCAACUGUUACUGCCAGCUAGUUUAUUUACUUGUAACACAUUGGCGGUUUUGAAACUGAAUAUGCGUACUGAACCUGGUUUGGAGGUCCCUGCUGAAGUUUUCUUGCCAAAUCUCAAGGUUCUUCACCUUGCAAAUGUUAUAUCCUUCUUGAAUGUUGAUUCCUCUGAAAGACUGUUCCUUAACUGCCCCAUUCUGGAGGAUUUGGUUGUGCAGAGUUAUUACGAAUGGGAUGACUACAAAUGCAAAAUUCAUGUUUCUAGCCCUACACUUAAGAGGCUGACCAUGGAAUUCAUGUGUGUUUUGGGGGGGUUUAGCUCUUUUGAUGUUGUCAUUAAUGCCCCAAAUCUUGUGUACUUGAAAUAUGUGGGCUGUGAAGUAAAUUCUCAUGCAUUUGUAAAUGUGCAGUCUCUUACCGAAGCUUACAUUGAUUUUGAAGAAUUUCUUGGUUAUUCGAGUCAUUAUCUCCACAGUGCAACAGAUGUAAUGAAAGGGAUAAGCAACAUUCAGACACUUCAUAUAUCUGGCGAGACUCUUGUCGAUCUCCAAGCUGCCAGUGUUCCAAUCCCAUUGCUGCAAAAUAUGACUAUUUUGAGAAUUUUCCGUUGUGAUGAAACAUAUGGCUUGAAAGGAUUACUAUAUUUUCUUACAUAUUGUGAUGCUUUAGAGACCCUUGUUUUGGAGGAGCCUCCAUGUAAAUGGAAUCGAGAUACCUGGUACUUGCUAGAGGCAUCUAGAGACAAUUGUUUAUUGCUUCGCCUAAAAGCAAUUGAAAUUUUCUCAUUUGAAGGUGAUGAAGAUUGUAUGAAAAUGGUGGAGUAUUUUCUGAAAAGUGCAAGAGUUCUAGAGAACUUGACAAUUCAUAUUAGUGCAGAAAAUGAAAAACGAUUGAAGAUCACCAAAGAGUUAAUGAUAUUGCUGAGAGUCUCAGAAAAAUGCCAAGUCAUGAUUGUCUAGGUUCUCCAUCAUUCUUUUGCUGGCUUCAGUUUGAAUUCUCAUUUAUAAGACUUACCUAUAUAUUACCUCCUAUUCUCAGCACCUUCAGAUCAGCCUUGUCCUCUAGUGAAAUCCUGUUUAUUAUCUGGGAAAGUGGUUGCAAAUUAGUUAAGGAAGUGGCAACAAUCCUUUAUGUGUUGGGCAAACAGACGGCAAAAUGAAGUUCACUAGGGUGGGUUGGAAUUCCAUACUCCGAAAUCAGGAGGUUUGGGAGUAUGAUUGUCUAGUUUCUCCAUCUAUCUUUUGUUGGUCUAAGUCUAACAUAAUGUUACUCUACAUUUGAUUUACUUUUUUGCCAUCUCGCAUUUCUCUAACAUAAUGGCAAAAGAGUUUUGUAUUUGUUCCAUCUCGUUUGAAAAAAAGAAUUGUAAUUUUUUCAUUUGAAGGCAAUGUAAAUCAAGUGGAGAUGGUCAAGUAUUUUCUGAAAGGUGCAAGAGGUCUAGAGAGCAUGAAAAUUCAUACUGGGAAAAACUGUGAAGAAAAAUCUGAGAUCACUAAAGAGUUGCUGGUGUUACCAAGAGUCUUACAGGAAUUUAGUGUUGUUAUUGUCUAGUUUUCUCCAUAUUUCUCUUUUGUUGAAUCUUCUUUUUUUGUUUCUGUUAAUUCCAGUUCUUUUGUAAGACAUGCCAUCAUUUGUUUCUCCAUGUAUGCCUGUGGAUUGUCUUAGCAGUAACACUUUUUUUUCUUUCUACUCCAUGCUUCUUAUACCAAUAAUGUGGAUGAGAUCUCCUAUUCAAGACUACCUUACUUUAAAACAAUAUAAGUAAUUUAAGGUGAGAUGCUCUUGUCCAUAAAUAUCUUGUGCAUUGUGUCUUGAAAGGUUGGACAGAAUUGCUGCUUUUGGAAGGGACUUAAGAGUUGAAGUUCGUGGUACCAGUUGCCGAAGGAAGGUGGGGUGAAAUUGAGCUCUGAUGACUUGCUGCUGGUACUAAAAACAUUCUGAAGGC